GAAAUAAUACAUAAACAUGUCAGGAAGAGGCAAGACCGGAGGAAAGGCCAGAGCGAAGGCCAAGACCCGCUCCUCUCGUGCCGGGCUCCAGUUCCCCGUCGGCCGUGUGCAUAGGCAUCUGAGGAAGGGUAACUACGCCCAGCGUGUCGGUGCCGGAGCCCCGGUGUACCUGGCCGCUGUGCUGGAGUACCUGACCGCUGAGAUCCUGGAGCUGGCUGGAAACGCUGCCAGGGACAACAAGAAGACCAGGAUCAUCCCCCGCCACCUGCAGCUCGCCGUCCGCAACGACGAGGAGCUCAACAAGCUGCUGGGAGGAGUGACCAUCGCUCAGGGAGGUGUGCUGCCCAACAUCCAGGCUGUGCUGCUGCCCAAGAAGACCGAGAAGGCCCCCAAGAAGUGAGCACCCUCAACCUGCUUCAACAAACACCCAAAGGCUCUUUUAAGAGCCACCCACCUCCCUCUAAAAGAGAACUCUCCUUUCUACUGUCAUCACUUUAGGUUUAUCACCACAUUAUCAAUGAGGAAGUGUUGUUUACUGCUGCCAUUGUUAAAGACUUCCAAAUCUAAGUGUCAAACACUAAGGAGUGAUCUAUAAACUGAUAUAACAUAAAUGUCAGUUUAAUUUAUCAAGAAAAAAUGUAUGCUUCCUUCAGGAUUGUCUUACUAAAUAACAGCAAGUCCCAAAAGUAUCUGAGAAAUUAAACGUGAAACCCACAGCGCUGAGCAAAUACCCUACAUUUGCUUGUAGGUAAAAAGCACGAUUAUUUUAUUGUAUUUUUGUAAAUACAGAACCUCUUUCUACAACUCUUCUGUUGUGUUGGAAUAACAAUCAAAUGUAACUCCUGCUGUAAUAGAACAUAAAGUAAUACCUCGUAUGAAUUGUGAUUUUGAAUUGGCCCUUUUAUUUUAUUUCACAAUUAAAAUGUGAUAUACAUGUU